GAAAGAGGGCGGGGAGUUUGCGCGCGUAGAGACCUGAAGGAAGAGGCACAUCUCGGUCCAGUGGCAUCCCCGCAGGUGGUCAGCCUUGGAGGCCGCCCGGUAGGCUCUCUUGUCUUGCCGAGCUCUCCAGUGUGCUUCUGUUCUCGAGCCUGCAGUUUAUGAUAUUUGUUGUUGUUGUUUAGUCGCACAGUCGAGUCCGAUUUUUUGCAAUAUUGGGGAUAUCUUAAUCUUAUCUAUCCUGGUUAGAUUUUUUUUUAAAGAAGCAAAUUUACUGAGUUGCUGUUAUAAGCCUUCUCUUCGCAACACCCCCUGGCAGUCGACGGGGCUGUCGCAGCUUUGCAGUGGCUGUUUCAUCAUAAAUAAAAAAGCUAUCAGUAUAUUGUCUUGGCUUAGACUGUAACAGAAUAAACGCAUAGUAAAAACCCUGGAAGUGGAAACAGGUGCUUGUCCUUCAAAUUGUCAGCUAUGUGAGUGGCAAGAUAAAUUUGUCUUUGUCUGGUAGUUCAGAAAGAUAAUCUGUGGCUGAUCCUCCUUAUAUGGUUUCUCCAUCAUGAUCAUGAUUGAAAGUGUUGACUCGGUAGUCAGUAUCUCAAGCCAGGACCUUUGGGCUGAAAUCUGUUCAUCUCUUCCACAUCCAGACCAGAAUGAAGACUCCAGCAAUGCAUUUGCAGAUUCCUUUACAGACUCUUACUUUCACAUAGGAAGCCAAAAUGAAGUAAUGGAUACCUCUUUCCAACCAAACAUGAAGCCCUGGGCACCUCUAAAAGAUUCAGAGGUCUAUUUGGCAUCUUUAGAGAGAAGAUUGAUGAGAAUAAAAGGUUUGUCUCAGGAAGUGACUUCCAAGGAUAUGCUGCACACCCUUGCUCAAGCCAAGAAGGAAUGCUGGGACAGGUUUCUGCAGGAGAAGUCUGAAUCUGACUUUUAUAUGGAGGGAACAGAACCUGAUGAGAGCACUUUGGAACACUUGAAGCGCUGGCUGCAGCCUGAUAAAGUGGCAGUCAGCAGUGAGGAAGUACAGUAUCUGAUUCCCCUGGAAGCUCAUAUAGAGAAGCAGGAGACUGAAGAAGAGUCUAUGGCUGCAGAACAGUGAAAUGCAUUCUGAUCUCGCCUGAUAUCAGGGGCUGGUAGAGUUUGUAUUUAAAAGAGCAUGAAGGGGAAGUGCCAAAGCUUUGUUAAACUAGGCCUCUAUUUUUUCACAAUUUUUCCUUUCUUACAGCAGCUCUUCCAGAGUGAUGUGUCCCAGUCUUAUGUAAUUUACUGAGGCCCCACUGAAGCAGAAAGGCAGUGGAGUGGCUUCAGCUUUGGCUAAUAUGAUGAACUGGAGCAGGAUGUACAAGUUAAGAGAUUAUUAGUUUGUAUUAUUCCCCCUCAUACCCCACGUCCUGCUUUCCUGGAUCUUCCUUUGUGACUGCAUUGUUUUUAUAACACCUUACUAUGUUAUUUUUGAAAGACUGACAUUCACACAAAUUCCUUGUAUAGUUUCUCUAUAAAUGUAAUGUGUUGUGUGUCAGCAGUCCCCGAUCCUGCCUUGAAAUGCGUAGAAGACUAUUUUGAAAUUCCUGCAUAUGCUGUGCAAUCCUAAACUAUUACAUUUUUAAACCCGUUGACUGCAUUGGAUUUAGAAGGGUGUAACUCAUUUUAGGACUGUAUGGAUGAAAACAUAUGUGACAUUCCUUUCAUUACAACAUGCCAUUCCCUAAUGAUAAUUCGUAAGGCUGAUAUUUCUCAGGAUUUGGAAUCAUGUGUGUCUUUCUCCAAAUACUGUUUUUUUUAAUCAAAAUGAUGCCUGAAUCUUUUAUUGUGAUGGAUGAAAAACAGCUGAAGGAAGAUCAGUGUUAAGUAGCCCGCACUACUGUUACUUUGUUUUUAAAAACUGAAAGAUACAUAUUGCUCUCUGUUGUAUAGGUUCAGCCUUAGGGAUAUGAGAAGCAUUUUCCAGCAAAAGACCUUUUCAUUGAAAUUUUGUUUGUCUGCACUAGGAUUUCUCAUUGAUUAUUUUUACAUGAUUAUUUUAAUAGAACUUUGAUUUUAAAACUGUUUAGGAGUUGAGUUUUCUUUGAACUGUCAUUCACAUUACAUCUGUACUGAGAUAUGCUGUCUCCAGAAAUCCAUGUUUCUAGCUGAUACAUUCAUAAUUGUCUCCUUAUUCAGCCUGUUUUUAUCAUUGCAAGAAGUGAAAGCCAGUGAAUUCUGAAUUCUGGAACAAGCUUUAUUAGUGGUGAAUUUGAAUAAGACAGUUAAUAAAAUCUACUGAAAUAUGUAAUUCUAACAUA